AUGGUAUUAGAUACCUAUAAUGGUAUUAAGCUAUUCUAUAGCUUAGUUACAGGUGUAUUUUUUCGUGAAAUCAAAGUGAGUGGCACACAUAAUGUACCAACAGACAAGCCAUGUAUCUUUAUUGUUGCUCCUCAUGCAAAUCAAUUCGUAGAUCCUGGUUUGGUCAUCAUCUCUAAUCCUCGACGCUUCUCUCCUCUUAUGGCUCAAGCUUCCUUCAAGAGAAAAAUUGUAGGAACCCUAGCUAAAAAACUAAACACGAUUCCGGUGAUCCGUCCACAGGAUUUAGCUGUCAAAGGCGCUGGUAAACUUGUGUACAGCAAAGAAUCAAGAUUAGUCUUGAACGGACAAAGUACCCAAUUCACUCAACAAGUCUCUCCUCGUGAUAUCAUUGCGCUUUCCAAGACACUUUCGUUUGAAGUAGCCGAAGUUGUAUCUGAUACAGAACUAAAGUUAAAAAAGGAGUUGACAGAUGAGGCAGUUGAACUGCUUCAUGACGGAGGUGCAUAUAAAAUCAUUCCUCAUAUCGAUCAAAGUGUACUGUUUGAAAAAGUACAUGAUAGAUUAAAUGCAGGUGAAUGUAUUGUUAUCUUUCCUGAAGGAGGUAGCCAUGAUCGCUCAGAGAUGCUUCCUUUGAAAGCUGGAUUUGCCAUCAUGGCUUUAGGCGCUAUGGCUCAAAACAAAGAUCUUGAUGUUAAGAUAGUACCAGUUGGCCUCAAUUACUUUCAUCCUCAUCGUUUCAGGUCUCGCGCUGUGGUGUCUUAUGGCGCACCCAUUUCUAUCUCAUCUGAAUUGGUACAAAGCUACGCUCAAGGAGGAACUGCAAAGCGAGAGGCCAUUGCCUCUCUGUUGGAAGCAGGUUAUGAAGGUCUCAAGAGUGUGACAGUGAAUGCCCCCAAUUAUGAUACACUGAUGACUAUUGCCGCAGCUCGAAGAUUAUAUAAACCUGCUAUGGAGCACAAACUAACGAUUGACCAAGUUGUCGAAUUGAAUCGUCGGUUCUUGCUCGGAUAUAAAUAUUUUGAAAAAGAUCCUCGAUUAGUUGAUUUGCUUCAACGAGUCAAGGCUUAUAAUGAUACAUUGAAAUAUUUCGGACUAAAGGAUCAUCAAGUUGCCAAGACAGAAACGUCACCUUACUCUGCUGCACCCGUAUUGAUAUCUCGUCUUUUAAAGUUAUCCUUCUUGGCCCUCUUUGGUUUCCCUUCACUCCUGAUCAAUUCACCGUUGAUCAUUCUCAUCUUUAUCAUCAGUCAAAAGAAACAAGAGGAGGCUCUCGCAGGAUCAUCUGUUAAAAUUGCUGCUCGUGACGUAUUGGCUACUUGGAAGAUUCUAGUCACUCUCGUUGGUAUGCCUGCCCUUUAUGGUUUUUAUUCCAUCCUCUUGUUUAGCUACCUCUAUUACCAUGGCUACGAGCACAGCUUUUUACUUUCACUUUCUGUCUGGGUCAUUUUCCCAUUUAUACAAUAUGCCUGUGUCCUUGUUCUUGAGAACAGUAUUGAUAUUUUCAGGUCACUAAAUCCACUAUUUAUGUCCUUGAGUAACCCAGACGGAGCAGCUGAGCUACGAUGGAUGAGAGAAAACUUGUCAGAAACGAUUACUAAAUUUGUGGAUGAAAAUGGAAGCACGGCACUUUCAGAUUUUGAUAGACACAAGUUUGAUGCCUUGGAACCACAUGAAAAGGCACAGUCAAGGAGCAUAUUACGUAACCUCAAUUUAGAUUCAGGCAUCAUUAAAAAAUGGCUUGAUGAUAAACAAAUAUUUAGUUUCUCGACUACUUCCUCUACAUCCACUUCAGAUGCAGAAGAAGGAGAAUAA